GGGGAAAAGCAGCAACAAAUAAAGCUAAAACUGUACUGCAUCUACCGGCCCGUUUUCAGCGUGUAUCACAACAGAUGACGCCGAUUGCUCUGCACCUCUGUGAUUGUUUCAUAUUCCUCGCCCGGAGCUUGAGGUUGACAAGCUUAGAUGACUAUGAUGGAGAAGCGUGCAGAAUCUCCACAUUCCGACAUUGACGACCAGCCUACGAAAAUACGUCGUAUUUCUCGUGCUUGUCUGCAGUGUCGAGCAAGAAAGCAGCGCUGUCAGCCAUUGUCCAGCACGGCAACUCUGCAAGCGCCAUGCAAACGAUGCCAACACCAUGCUAUUACUUGCUCCUUUGAAACAGACCAAAUAAGUCCACCAGAUGUCGCGCCCAGUCCAUCAAAGAUGGCACAGCUUGUCGUCGACCUGCAGCAGCGGCUUAAUCGACAUGAAGCUCGAAUUCUAGAACUAGAAAAGCUGCCUCAAGGAGGGAAAGUCAGGCAAACGGACGAGGACACGCCCAGUCAUGCUAGGGGUGCUAUCAGCAAUGCACAAUCAACUUCCCAUCAGACUCCAAGGGAGCUCCCCCUUGAGCGUGAAGAUGGCCCGUCUCCGCAGGUAUUGACUUGCGAAACUCCAGCUUCGCAUACUUCGACCUUUAGCAUGGAUGGGAUUGGCCUUGGACCGCCGAUUGCGACUUUACGGUCCUUGGGCGCUCUUUCCAAAGACGAAGGAAGAUUGAGUUCUCAUUCACCAGAAUUAAAGUCAAAAGGAACCCCGAAUGUUCUCAACCGUUAUACGGCCUGUGAUCCGGUCGCACGAGGUGUGCUUUCCGUGCAUGACGCUCAGCGGGCGAUCCACAUAUUCUUCGAGCAUUGCCAUCCACUCGCACCGGUUCUAAAUGAGAGACUUCGCCAUUCAUGGCUCGACUUGAGGUUCUCUAGUCCGACCCUUUUUCUGGCGAUAUGUUCUAUUGGCGCCCGUUUCUGGGACACGGGCCACCAGCUUCCAAGGCCCAUGCAAGCAGUCCACCCAAGAUUCUCUGACCUGACGGCGCUUCUCGACAUGGCUGUCUCGCGACUGUUGCUGCGCCCAACACCCGCCGAUGUCACACUCGAUUCCAUUCGGGUAUUGCUUCUCUACGCACAAUGGAUGCCGUGCAGUCGUGAUGAUGAAGACAACGGUGCUUCUAAGGUGCCACUCGAUGCACACUACCAACCGAAGAGUCGAUACAACGAGAUAAGCGCUUGGGCCGUGCUGGGACUGGCUGUACGAUAUGCCCUCUUCCUUGGUCUGGACCGGGCAGCUAUCGCGCCUUUUGAAGGACCCAUCAAGUCUGUUUCCGAGGAAGACAUCUGCCGCUUGAGAGUUUGGUAUAACCUGCUCACAUGUGACUUCAACCUCAUGUUGACAUCCGGCCUUCCCACCUCCCUUGAUCCGGCACCGUCAGCAAAAGUUGCUCAGCGCUUCAGCUCACAUAGGGCGGCACAACAGCCGGGCGAUCUUCGCGUAUCGGCUCUUGUGGGGCUGGUGGCAAUUGUGCAUCGUGGGAUGCGCAUAUGCAAUGAUGCUUCAGGCCGCCAGCUGGAUACGCUCUGUUUGAGAAAGAUCAAUGUAGAGUUGGAUGAGUGGGAGCGUUCAUGGUACAUUCGACUCCGGCAUACGGAAUCACAACAUAAUCAACUACCCUUCACUUCGGUCAGAUGGUACCGCCUUGCUCUGAACAGUGCUGCGGUUGGUCCAGUAUUGUCCUCAAUGGACCGAACAGCACCUCAACCGCUGCAGGUCUGGCUUCUGCAGUCACUGGGAACCUGUCUUACCGCAGCCUCUCAAAUGCUUCUCUCACUGUCUUCCUACGGCGCAGAGUAUAUCUGGAAAUUGGACUCUCAGAAUAUGUCAACGUUCCCAGAUGGGCCUUUCGAAAUUGAUAGCGCAGCUGUCAAGCGCCUCUAUUAUGCAGUGGAUUCAACGUGGAUCUCUCACACCUUUGCAGUGACUUUCCUAGUGUUGUGCUAUGUCAGAGGGGCAAUCGAUGAUGAUCUUCGCAUUCGCAUACUAAAUCCUAACGCCUCUUCCAAUCCAAGCGUGCUCCCUCCUCAUUCCGGAUCCACCAUUGCUCGGCUUCUUCGACUUGCGCUAGAUGUCUUUGAUGGUAUCUGCCAAACGACAUCAUUUCAUCCUGCACGCGAUUUUCAAGCCAUUGUCCAUGAUGCCACUUCUCUAGUCUUGGUUCCAGGACAAGAAGACGUGCAGGAUGGUCAAGAGAUGGAUGGCUCGGCUUUACAAUCGCUUUUGGACAUGAUGAAUGACUCUGGAUUCGAUUGGCCUGGUAAUUUACUCAAUUUAUCGACAGACUUCCCCCCUGAAUGGGAGGUGGAUGGAUGCUGAAUAUUUAGAUUUUGUUGUCCAACAGCGGUUUUGAUGUGAUUAUUGGAUUUUUAAUUUCGCGCAUGCUUUAAUGAUACCCCUUUUUAUUUUAAACAUGUCCGCAUUUCUAUAAUUUUGCAG